AGCCUUUUUUUAGAUCCGACUUGUUCUUUGAAACCAAGGAGGAAACGCCAAAGAAUGUUGCUCGGUAAAAGCCAAGAACUGGUUGGUCGGCAGCCCCAAUAUAGGUGAAUAUAAAGUCUCACAGACAGAAAGGAUCUGAAAGCGAUCCUACGCUCCUCCGACUGAAGCAGCUAACAUGAGACUGACACCAUCACCGCCGCUGCUGCUGCUGGCUUUGGCGAUCCUGCUGCCGCGUGAAUCCAGCAGCCGACUCUUCUCCAGAUGCGAGCUGAGGGACAAGCUCAGGGUGAAAAUUGUUCUCUCAGAAGAGACGAGAAACCUCACCGAAAAAGUCUUGACGUUGCUUGUGUGCCACUUGGAGAAGAUGUCCCAUCUGAACACCAGCAUGGUGAGAAUCAUUGGGGAACGCACCGCUACGCCACCGGACAACAUUGCUGGCCCAAUGACCCCCGACCCCACAGCCCCCGGGUUGAAUGUGACCUUUAGUAUGUCUGACCCUGACGACACAAGCAUCCAGCACGGCGAAGACACGAGCUGGGAGGAGGAUGAAGACGCUUCUGGCAAGGACGAGGAGGACAUAUUUGUGGCCAAAAGGAUGCUGAUGGAGAGUCUGAACAAGGAAGAGAAUGACUUUGACGAAGAGGAGCUAAGGAACGCAGACGACAAGCUGAGCGAGGACAACGUCAACGUCAACCUCAAGUGGUCGCUGGGGUAUCACGGCCUCUUCCAGCUCUCAGACAGCUACUUCUGCCACUCUUUCACCCGCUGGAGCCAAAACGUGUGCAACAGCACCUGCAGCGAUUUCACUGAUGAUGACAUCACAGACGACCUGGAGUGCUUCGUGAAGAGUCUUUACUGGCUGUACGUGCUGAGGACAGUCAAGCACGAGUGCUUCCAAGUGACCAACUUCUUUGAGCAAUGUAACUAGUCCACGACGGAGACUCAGCGGCCACUUUGUUAAGCACACAUGAGCUGAAGUGGCUGCUGACUGGACUGCCCUGUCCACACCAGCUAAGUCAGCUAUGUCCUAUUCACCAAUAAACACACCCAAGAGGUGCACUUCAACUUGUCUUCUCUGCCCAUAAUCACAGCUCGCUGCAUACCUUGGUUUUCAGGUCACGGUUCGGUUAAUUUCCGGUACAGUAAUGGAAGAAAAUGCACAACAUAAAACUGCUUAGCUUUUGUGUUUAAUUAUUUUUAGUGCUGUCAACAUUUUUAAUCAGAUUAAUGAUGGGUUUCAAAUGAAUUAAUCAUGAUUAACCAACAUUUGAAAUGAUGUCUGAAAUAUGCCCAUUUUUACUGUAUUUUAUUGAAAGAAAGUAUUUGUUUGCAUGUAUUAACAGCUGAAAUUUUCAAUCAAGCUAAAAGAUGCCACACGUCUUAAAAAAUCUAUUUACCUAGCACUAGUUUCUUUAAUAGUAGCAGAACAUUUGAAUCACACUUUAUUUAAACCAUGUUUUUAUGAGCAAUGACGGUUUGCGUUCAAAGACAUCACGUAAUUUAAUGUAAAUGUUCUUGUUUUCAGUGUAUUUUCCAGCAUAUUUAAAUGUAGCAAAUUGUACAUCCGAAUUAAGAGUUAAAGUGAGUGAUUAAAAUAUCCACAUAUUGUU